CAUUUGCUCCACGGAUGAAUUAAUUAAGAACGUUCAACGCAGUAAUGAAAUGCGUGACGUGACGGCUCGCACCGCCCGGGCAGGGCCACUCAAAGACUUGGUGGUCCCUCUAGCGGUAUCUCUCCCAAGCGGAGAGGUCCAUCGGGUGUGCUGGAUACGUCCAGGAUAUGCUACGUAUCGCGCCGCCUUGGGGUUAACUGCGAUUCUACUGUGCAUCGCCGUCAAGGAGGAAGAGGAGUAGGAAGAAGAGGAGAAGGAAGAUCUUAUAAUACAUCCAGCCAUUCGUUUCUGAAAAACAGAGACGAUUAACAAUGACUGAAGACAGACUGCGAUUAUUAUAAUACAAUUUUAUCUACAUUGAGACUAAGAUCUGCCUUUUCCUCCAUUAUGCUGGUUCUGGGAGUAUUUACUUCAACUGGAAAUCGCUCAAUCUCAGUAGAUAUACUCAUCAAUCGUGGACGAAUCCCUUAUAUAUUUUUUGCAUAAAAACAAGAAAGGCAUGAAAACAAAAUGGUGAUAGAUUAGUGAUGUGCCUUUAUCUUCGGUAUUUCAAUUUUACUAUGACAGGAAUGUCUUGACACAUUUUGAAGGAAAACGAGUGUAUGUGAUAAAUAUAAAUUUCUUGAUUGUGUAGCUAUACAUAUGAAAGAUGGAUAGCUCCGAGUACGAAAUGGUCAGAAACAUGACUCUUCUCUUCUUCUUUGAACGUCUGAUGGAUAAGGGCGGUCCACGUACAUUGCACGACCUAAGUUGCCAGUUCGGGGCUAAAGGAUUCACGAAGGAAAUGCGUCAAAUAGCGGGAGGAUCGCAAAGUGGCCUUAAGAAAUUUCUAGCGCAGUAUCCGGCACUUUUUCUGAUCGACGGCGAGUAUGUAUCCGUCAAUACGUUUCAACCAGUCGUGGAAGAGGAGAGCGGAAAUAAAUCGGGUAAACGCGACUAUGCCCGCGAGGCCGUAGAAUACUUUACUAAUAAGCUAUUGCAAUACGGAGUAGGUACCGAGGUGCCUAUUAAAAGUCUCUUGGGCCAUCGAUCGCAAGCUUCGCCGGAAGUCAGGCAUAUAUCCGGUCAGCACUAUAAAGAAUUUCGUGAUUUUCUCAUGAAGUACCCCGAUGCGUUCGUAGUCAGCGAAGAUAAUGUAAUAUUGAAACAAUAUGAAGGCAUGAAGCCGGAGCCCUUUCAUGAACUGGAGCCAGAUAUUCCGAUAGAUCCGGACGUCACGGCGAAACUGUUAGACUUUUUCUGUGUAUGUAUCGAGCAAAAGGGUCCGAUUCUCAUAGAUCAGUUAUUCAGUACGGUCAAUGAAAAAUUCUCCCAUGAAAACUGGACAAGUAUAUUCAAGACGUCACAGGAUCUGUCUACUUUUAUAAAAAUGUUUCCAGACGCUUUUCACGUGCAAACGAAUCUGGUGACGUUGAUAGGCCGACCGAAAUCUUCCGUGAUGGAACCCGCAGUCGCGAAAACGAAGAUUUCAAGCGGUAAUCAACGCAAUCAGAGCAACAAUGUGGCUCACACAAACAAUGUGAUGCCGAUUAUUCCGCCGAGCAAGAUCCAACUCUCUCAGCCGCCUUUGGAUCAAUUAGAAAGCGUAUGCAAUAAUGCCACAUCUCAACCUAAUUCAUUACAGAACGCGUGCACAUUACCUGCUGUUGAAAGCAAUAAUAAUUCACCACCCGUGAGUUUGCAACAGCAGUCUCUGAAACAGAGAUUCAAUACAAUUGUUAUGAGAACUCUGGCGGAUAACACAGAACGAGAUCGCAGUCUGCAAGCUGCCCAGAUGGGCGACGCAUGGAAAUUGAAAGUACUACAGCAGACUAAGGUGAUAGCGACUUUGCGGGAAAGUCUUCAAGUUACCGAAGAUAUAAUAAAUCCUCGAAAGCCUCCGCCUGACGGCAAGGUGGUCGUUUCUUUCGAUUGCGAGGGCAUAAAUCUUGGUGUUAGAGGACAGCUAACUCUUGUACAAAUCGGUACAAUGAGCGGUCAAGCGUAUGUGUUCGAUUUGGUCACGUGCCCGGGUCUUGUUCAAGCUGGUGGUCUCCAGAAGUUACUGGAACAUUCUCAUGUUAUUAAGGUGAUUCACGAUUGUAGAAAUGACAGUGUCAAUCUAUAUAAUCAGUUUAAUAUUACGUUAACGAAUGUUUUUGAUACACAGGCUGCGCACGCAGUGCUUCAGUUUCAAGAAACGGGGAAGCCUGUGUACAAAGUUAAAAAUGUUAAUUUGAACACUUUGUGCGAUCAUUAUGGUGCUCCGUGUAAUCCGCUAAAGGAACAAUUGAAAAAUAUUUAUCGUAAGGAUCAACGUUAUUGGUCUCGACGACCCAUUACUCGCGAGAUGCUAAUUUAUGCGAGUAGCGAUGUUUUAAGUCUCGUACCUCAAGUUUAUAAUGCUAUGUCUAGACUUAUAAAGCCGGAACAUGAGUGUCUUUUUGCGGAGCUUUGCGAAGAACAGAUUCAAAUGCACAUAAGACCGGCGAUUGUAAAAGCGCGUAAGAAGCAACGAAAGAUUGCGACCGAAUUGUCAGAUUUGAAAAAGAGAAUGGAAGAAGCGACGAGUAAAAAUAUUGUACUGAGUAACCGUGAAAUUCGGCUUCUUCGCUACUUGGAUCUUACCGAAGACGAAAAGGAAAAACUCAAAGGAAGUUAUAAAGUUGCUAGAAAAUUGGAAAAGCUAGAGAACAUGGGCCAGGAUAAGGCCGAUAGCAGCGAUGAUGACGACGACGAUAAAAUGGAUGAUCAUGAAUAUCAAAGCUUGGAAAGCUACACAUCGGAAAAUUCUCAUUCUGGUGGCAUAUUGUCGCCACGGAAGCCACUAACUGAGUCAAUGCAAAUGAUGGACGAAAUACUCUCGGACGGUCGGAUGGAUAAACUGGAGAAGAUUGAGAAACUGGAAGCCAUACUGUCAGCUGUUACGAGCUCCGCGACUGACCAGCUUUCCGCCAACAAUGCGAAUUCAACGCCUAUCAAGUGUGUCUGUAUGUGUCAAGAGGAUAAGACCGACAGUCCGCGAACGGAUCGCCAAGCUGCUGGAACUAGUGUGGCUUGCCAAACGCUUAGCACAGGUGAUAUAGUAUUUACUAGAGUGUUUGUCAGCGAAGAGGAAAAAGAGCGAGUAAGAUUAUUGAAUUCGCCAAAAAAGUAGGUAUUACAGCUGCUGUGAAAGUAGUAGAAAAGUUGCCAUUUAUAGGUUUUUUUAUAAAAACGGAACAAUUGCAUAAAAGAAUUAAGUAGUUGAAAUUUAUCUAUUUUAUGUAAUAUAUAUGACAAGAUUCAUAGAGCAGAAUUGGCGAAACUCGAGUUUUCUGACAUGUCUGCUCCUUUAAAAAAAAAGUGUCUUAAAUGGAUAGGCCUUGUUAUACAUGCCUUUCCAGAUCUGACGAUAUAAUCUUCAGAUUUUUGGAAAAGGAUUAUUAAUUUUAAUAUGAGGUAUUAUCCGCUUGAAGAUUAUCUUUCUUUUACAAGUAUUUAAGAAAGAUCGAAUCGUUUUAGUUACAAAAGUAGUAGUGUCAAGUUAUAAGCGCUAAUAAGGUUUUAUCAGCCGUAAAUUUUGUGAUUUUUAACAUACAUCUUGUAGCUUUUUAUGUUUGCUUCGGGAUUAAGCUGCUAAAAGAUUUUUUUAAAUAUUGUCUCUUUAGACAAAAUAUAUACAUAUAUGUACAAAUAUCGAACAGAAGAAUCAUGUUUAGGGUAACGAUUGCUGACGCUUUUUUAAUAGCGUUGCAAAAUUAACAGAAUGCAUAUCAUGCUUGCGAAACAUUUUUAUGUGAAGUACUGCAUUAAAAUCGCUAAUUUUUUAGUUCUAUGGCCUAAUUUGCGUCACUUAUCACAAGAGACGAAUUGUCGGCAGUAAUAGAGCAUAACAGCAUCUGUUUAACAAAUAAAUGCUUUUUCCUCACAGGAUUUAAGCUUACGCACGCGAAAUAAACUUAUGCAGACUUCUUCCUUACAUCGAUUACAGAUACAACUUAUUUUCGUAUAUAGCUAUACAAGUGCCAACUUAAUAUAGAACAUAUACAAUAAAUGGAUUGAUACAUUUUAUAUUUCUAUUUAAUUACGUGCUUGAUGAAUAAUUAUGCUCACACUUCCAGUAAAUGGUUAAUAAUCUGAUAGUAUUAAAUAAGAUAAACGCAUUAUUCGUGUCACAUAGAUCUGCAUUUAUACUCUUCUAAUAACAUAUCAUUAAUAAGUAAACUGCCAGAGAGCGAGGAAAGUGACGAUUUCGAAAGAUCUAAAUAAAUCAUUGUCAUCGUAAAUUGUCAGUGUUUUUAGUGCAAUACUUUACACAUGGACAGAUAAUAUACAUUUAAUAUCGAUCAUGCAAUUCUUUUUUAAUAUUAAAAGCAUACUACAAAGAUAUAGUAGCCGAAAGACAAAUUAUGUAAGCGAAUCAUUGAUACAUUCUCAUUUAUUAUUAAUCGAGAGGCUCAACUAGUAUCAAAUUGUUUGACUAUCUCGUAUAUACUAUUCAUAAAGUACGCUAGAAGCUACUAUAGUAUAUAUACUUAUGUUUCUUUGAUCUAAUCAAAACGCCGACUACUAGCAAUAUUUUUUAUAAAAUUCUUGAGAAUGUGAGACAAGUACAUCGGGUGUUGUCUAGUAUUUUAAUGUAGAUGUUUGAUUAUUAUAUUUCAUUAUAUUGGAAAGCAAAAUAAUAAUACUAGGCAUCCUUAUUGGAGGAUGCGUAACUGCGUUGUUAUUAGAAAGUGCAAGUUUAUAUACUUCAUCGCGGAAACAAUUUUGAUAUUUGGAUUAUUAUUCCGGCAGUUAUUUGCGUGCGUUUAUAUCAGAAUAAUUUUGCACGCGUACGUUUAUACUAAUAUGAAUAAUAUCCUCGA